AUUUAUUUAUCAAAAAAAAAAUGAGCAAUAUUCCACCCUCUCAACAUCCAGCUCCAUAAUCUGGCCCAUAUUAAUAACCAACAUUUCAACCAGGAUUCGCUCCAUAAUAUGCUCCUGCUCCAGUGUCUUAUGGACCUCCUGUUACCUCAUCCCCAUUGAGAUAUUCACAACCCCUUUAUUAAGCACCAGUUGUUUAACAACCAGUGUAUACUCAACCAGUUGUUCAACAACCAGUCUAUGCUUAACCAGUUGUUCAAUAACCAGUGUAUACUCAACCAGUUGUUCAAUAACCAGUCUAUGCUUAACCAGUCGUCUAACAACCCAUUGUCACACAAUCAGUCGUUGCCCAACCAGUCGUUGCUCAACCCGUUGUUGCAGCAUAACCAAUCCAAGGAGAAAGCAGAAUUGAAUAUGUCCCAUAUGAAAAGACAGUCAUUGAAUACGAGGAAGUCAGAUAAAGGAUUUAAGUGCCAAGAGAAAAAUAUGUUACAGAUUAUUAUGCAGUGGAAUACCAAACCGAAUACGUACCAUAAGUAUACUAAGAAAAAUACACAGGUAAUUAUUUAUUCCAUAUUUAGAAUACGUCCCUGUUGACAGAUAUCAAGAAAGAGUUGAAUAUUAUCCAGUUGAAAGAUAAGUUGUCCACUAAUAAGUCCAAUAAGUCUAAUAAGUUGUAGCUUAACCAGUCGUCUAACAACCUGUUUAAGUCGUUUAAUAACCAGUUUAAGUCGUUUAACAACCAGUCCAAGUUGUUCAACCCCAACCAGUCUAAGUUUAUUAAUAACCCAUUGUCUAAUCACCUUUGGUCUAAUCCAUUCCAGUACAAACUGUUCGCCCACCAGUUUAUGCUCCAACUACAACUCUUCCAUUAGGCUAAACUGUUUCACCAAGACUCCCUGGAGCACCUGUCACAGCCAAACCCUUGGAUAAAACAUAAGUAAUUCACAAUACUAUUAUAAUUUUAGGGACCCAAUUAACCAGCCAAAUAAUAGAAUAAGCCAAAAAGCUUUUUGGACAGAUUGUUUGACAGAGAUUGAAUUGAGCAAUUAUGAAUAUUUUUAUAAAUGCACAAAUAACAUUUAAAAUUUUG